AUGCAAGUCAAUGCCACAGAGGGCAGCGGGGCUGCCAAUGGGACCAUGGAUCCGCUGGAUUCCAACCCCUUGGAAACUUGUUCAGAGACUGUGACCUAUCCUGAAGUGCUGGAGGAAGAGGAGUGGGGUUCCUUCUACUACUCCUUUAAGACAGAGCAGCUGGUAACCCUUUGGAUCCUCUUUGUCUUCACCAUUGCGGGGAAUGCUUUCGUGCUGUUCUCUACCUGGAAGAGGAAGAGGAAGUCACGAAUGACCUUUUUUGUGACCCAGUUAGCAAUCGCAGAUUCUUUUACAGGGCUCAUCAACAUAAUGACGGAUAUUAUUUGGCGAUUCACAGGAGAUUUCAUGGCACCAGAUUUCGUGUGUCGGGUGAUCCGCUACUUACAGGUAGUGCUCCUAUAUGCCUCAACCUAUGUCCUGGUGUCACUCAGUAUUGACCGGUACCAUGCCAUAGUCUACCCUAUGAAGAUCCUUCAAGGAGAAAAACAAGCAAAAGUCCUGAUUUUUGUUGCCUGGAGUCUCUCUUUCCUGUUUUCCAUUCCCACCCUGAUCAUCUUUGGGAAAAGAAAACUAGACAAUGGAGAAGUGCAAUGCUGGGCCCUGUGGCCUGAUGAUUCCUACUGGAUCCCAUACAUGACCAUUGUGGCUUUCCUGGUGUACUUCAUUCCUCUGAUCAUUAUUAGUGUUAUUUACUUCAUUGUGAUUCGAACCAUCUGGAUUAAGAGCAAAACCCAUGAUAAGAUCAUCUCCAAUUGCUCUGAGAAAAAAAUAUGUUCCCGCUACAACCGAGGACUCAUCUCAAGAGCAAAAAUCAAAGCCAUCAAGUAUAGCAUCGUUAUCAUUUUUGCGUUUGUGAUCUGCUGGAGUCCUUACUUCCUCUUUGAUAUUCUGGACAACUUCAGCCUCCUCCCCAAGACUAAAGAGCGUUUCUAUGCCUCUGUGAUCAUCCAAAACCUGCCAGUCCUGAACAGUGCCAUCAACCCCCUCAUCUUCUGCCUCUUCAAUAACAGCCUCUGUCACCCGUGCAGGGAAAGAAAAAAUAUUCGAGGGACUUUCCAAGAAAAAACAGAGAGGUAUGAGAUGCACAUCAGGCCCAAGCCAGAAUUCAUUUAGCAAGAAGCCUGAGGGGAGAAACGGGGCUCAGUCAGGCAAACUGGCCAUUUCCCUCAUCAGAAGCCCAGGAGCCCUCCACCAUCCCUCCCAUCAUGCAAAAGAAGAUGCAUGUCUCCAAUGUGAAACAGCCUGGCUGGAUCGACAAGGCUUGUAUUCAAAUGUGGCUCUGUGGCCCGGUUGCCAGUAUGAGGCAGCACAAUUCCUGGAAGUCACAGGAAAAAGAGCCAGACUUCCUCCCAUUCUGAGGAACCCUUUAAUUGGCCUUUCGGCCAUCAUACUUCCCCUUCAACCGAUCAGGGGCAGGGCAGAAAGGAGAGAAGAAAGGUGGAAAAGUUGGAAAGAUGAAGCAAAAAAGGGAAGAAGCCAGGCUGGAAAUCAAGUGGGGUUUGAGCAGUUCGUUAUUUUAUGAGACCUCAACAACCAUCUUUCAACAGCCAUGGCCUAAGAAUGGUUGAUCUAAAUGAAAGCCUUGAUUCGUUUACAUCGAAGGAUUGUCAAUCUCAUCUCCUAGAUAACCUUGGCUUGGAGCUACAAGGCAAAAGCCGUAAUAACUUGUUCUGCCGGCCGUUGAUGUUGGAAAGGAGCAGGACUUUGAACUAAGGACCUAGGACCAUGCCCAUGGGCAACUAAGAAUUAAGCCUGUACUUGCCAGGGGAAAAGAGCAAAAAAGUCAGAGAGGAUUGUGGGAAAGGAGUCUCAGGGUUGGUAUAAAAAGGCAAUUGGACCUUGCCAGAGCUGGAAAAGAAGCAGAUUUCAGAGUGUGUCUCUCACCAUCCCCAUUCUCCAGAAGGAGCACUCCCACUGCUUUGGGUUCCUUCUCCCAAUGUCUGAGGGAAGCUUUCCCUUAGCCUCUGACUGAGCUGCCUGGCUCCCUGUCAGCACUUCCUCCUCCGGGACCUUCUCUCCCAAAGCCCACGCUUCUUUCUGCCGUACGUUGCUUGUCAACCCUUGUUGUACCCAUCCAGAGAUUUGCUCUCAUCACCCUGAUCCAAGUGGGACAUGGUUAAGUAUUGGGGAAGAGUUGUUUAAUCCCUUAUUGUCAGAUUCCUUCCCUCCAAGGAAAUGGAGCAAACACGGCUCGGUUAUGUAUAGAUCUCCACCUACGGGCACAAGGACCAGCUUUUAUUUUUAGCGUUGCACGAAUUCCUGACAUUAAAGUGUCCUUGGCACAAGCCUCCUCCCCAGCAUUCAGCACUUAAAUCUUCUCCUCAUGCUGCCGUGAGACUGGAGUCAUUAAAAUGUUGGACAUAUUUUAAUAGCACUCUGGACCUUAUUACGGCAUCAGCCCCAGGGUGCCCUAUUUAAGGUCACGGUGCCAUUUCUACCACGAGCUCCUCUUGUCGCAUCUGUGCACAGGGGAAAAACAACCCCUUCGUCUAAAAUUGGAGUCAUCAGCCACCAUCUGCCCAGUGGGGUUUUGCUAAAUUUGAAAAAUCUGAGGCUAGUUUUCAGUUUUUCCAACUCAUGGAGACCAGUUGGAUGGACUUGGGUGACCCCACUGGCGUGGAGUAGCUUUUGUUUAUUAAUGAGCACUGCCCACCCUCAGACUGGAGAUCAUGGCUCUCCAUAACAGAUGCACAGAGGCUUUUUCAAAACCUUUGCAGGAAUCCGGGCCAAUUAACAAUCAAGGUCUGGAACCGUACCGGGGACUGGCAAGUCCGAGACGUGCUUGUUCUGCCUUCACCCCGAGCGCAGAAGUCCCCCAGCUCAGCAAAGUUCCCACUGCAAAUGGCCUUUCCUGCCUACCUCGGUGAUGGGUGGGCUCUGCGAGUCAGUGAGUCUUCUGGAGCGUGUUGCCUGCCACAGAUAAAGUCGACCAUUGUUACAGUUGCUGUUCCUAAAACACUAUAGCGGCUAUCGCUACGGAGCAAGGAGUGGUGAACAAGACAAGCGCACGGGAUUCUAUGAUAAACUGCCUGGUUAAAAUGGACUUUGUGGAGUCCCAGAUUGUGGAAGUCUACUUUGUUUGAUGAACUAAUGGGGGAAAUAGCCGCAUGUAAGAGCCCAGCCUUGGGACUCCAUCAAGCUAGAUCCCAACCACCUUAAGGCUUAGUGGUUCAUCUGAUCAUAUUUUAAUAGGGGAAGGGACCCUAGACUCAUUUUUUUCCAGUGUGGAAAUUGAAGCUUGGUCACAUGGGAAAUAAUGGAAGAGUUGGGUGAUGGACCCAGCGGUGCCCACCCCAAACUCAAGGUUCUUCCCACAGUGUCGUUCUGCAGUGUGUAAAUCAUAAAGCUAUUCAAGGGGUGGAGAGGGAUGGUGAUUUUCUUGUGGUGUGUCAGGUCAUACAGUGCCAGAAAAGGACCAGAACCCUGGUCAUCCCAACUCUUAAGUCUAGCAUUUGACCCGAUACAUUGCGCAGUAUUUUUUAACUUGUACUUGCAAGCUUAAUCUGUUUAAUCUAUUAAUAAAGAGCAAUUCUCUGCA